AUGUCUAUAGAUGGUAGAAAUGCAGAGCAGCCAUAGCCUCUCUUGAAUACUUCCAAAGUCACUGGAGGCGGACAAGAAAAGAUGGAACUAGCUCUAAGGAAUGAGGCUGAUUACCGCAAGACCUUUCUCACCCCACCAAAGGAGUCAGACCCCAGGAAGUUGUCUUUCCAGCGAGCCCCGGUUGAGAGCACCACAACGAUAGCUCUGACACGCGAGGGAGCAAGAUGCCUCAAAUCAGUGACGUUUCAGGUGUCUCGGGAAAAGGCCGUCACAAUUCUGCUGAGGGGAGGUCCGUUCGAACCGAUCGCAGCGAUGAGUGGACGCUCUCAUCGCGCACAUGACUCAUUCAUCUCUGGCGAGGAGUGGACGGAGAAGGCAUUGCAACUAGCAGAGAUCGUAGGACACAUUUUCACUAUUUCUGAUUACGACCGUAGAAAGCCAAGAUCUUUCCAAGCAAGUCACGCAGAGACGCAGCUGAUAGCGUGGUACAUCGACCACCGCGCCUUCCUCCCGAGAGAUCGAGUGCCCGACACAGAAUUAGAUUGCAAGAUCGAGUUUACGGAACGCAAGUCCAAAGACGAAGAGGAGCGAGGCGAGGCUCGCAGACUUUGGGAAAAGGAUAUCUGCUUCUACAGCUGGCAAAGAGAGAUGCACCAAAAGCUUAUCGCCAUGUCGGAGAACGCCCCGCCAGUCUGCUUAACCAAAGCCACCAUUAUAGUCAGCGCAUACGGGAGAGAGAUCUGCGAUGAUUGUAAAAAGUUCGUCAAAAGGUUGAACUCUUGUUUUAGGCUUUCCAUCGAGUUGAUCGAACGAACCCGACCGAAGCCGUUAAAAAGACACGUAGGUUUCGCUGAUGAGUCAGAUUCUGAUACGUCUACUUAAGCCUGAGUCGUCGCUUUCAAGUUAUGGUAUUGUGCGCCUUGGCUUGACUUCACUACGUCUCUAAAUGUUCAUGAUCGCAUCGUCAAAAACAUUAUUGGUCAAGGUAAUUCCCUGGAGGUCUGAGCUUACGCGCUCUUCUCUUCAUUUCUCUAUGGAUGUACAACGCACGAAAAUACGACCAA